ACCUGUAUAGUCUUUUUGGUUAGAAUGUCACAAAGAAAACAAGUUUCUAAUUAGUUUGAUCUUGAAAUUAAAACUCAUGGAGGAAGCUUUUACCAAAGUUGUUUCGCAUGUAUUCAACAAUUGGACAGCUUUGCGAUUGGCCGUCGAACAUUCGACGGGGGGACCUAAUAGCAAACAGACCGCCUUGGAGUGUUUACACUACAUGGUUCAGUUUUGUCUAAACGAACCGAAUAUUCAACCCGAAGGUAUUCAGGAGGCGUUAGAAGACAUAUUGGACGAGGAAUUUGAAACGAUUUGCGAAGAUGACUCACCAAAACAAAUCGCUGCUGUCUUGUAUACAUUUUUAAUGUUGCUAAAAGACGGCAGGUUUGAAGAAUGCGAGAACGAGUACGAGAAAUUGCCCACCGCGAACGCGGAUUGGCUCAAUCAACAAAUUAAAACGCAGAAUUUAAUGGUACAAGAGACUUCUAGUGAGAGUGAGGAAGAUGCGUUAGAAAAUGCAGAGAUGGAACAGGAUGGGUGGAAAGAAGUAAAAUCGAGACGAGAAACAUUUAGAUCAAUAUGUUUUCCUUUCCUGGAAAUUGAUAACUUCAGGGUUGGUUUCUCCGUCUGUUUUAAAAGGCCAUAAACCUCGGUGGCGCUUUUGAUUUCUUUUCCAUCAAUGUGUGUCACAAUAUCACCAGGUUGGAUA